UUCCUUUUGUUAAUUUCAUUUCUUUCUUUUCCAUUUUCUCUCUCCCAAACAGAAAACCUUAAAUUUCAGGGAAAGGAGAAAAAAAGAGCUUUACUUUUUGUAAUUGCUUAUUCGGUAGUUUUCGAUGUUUUGCUCUUUUCGUCUCCUCGUUCUUGUAGCUCAGAAAUUACGGGUUUUCAUUGCCGCUUUUGUCUUAGCACUCACUUCAAUCAUGGAUCAUAAUUGAACUGAUUCAAAGGAUUUUAGUUUUGGGAAGUUUCUUCCAGAAAAAUUGUCAAGGCAUGGUUUGGACGGUUACCUGUCAGUAACAAUUUGCGUGUGAUUGCAAAGAGAUGGAUCACACAAAAAAUGAGAGGGAAAAUGGAAUGUUCCCUAAGGAUCAAAUGUUAUCGCCGUUAAUCGAUGAUGGCGACUUCGAGGCAUCUACAGACGGGGGAGUUGCAUUGAAGAAAGGCCCAUGGACAGCUGCUGAAGAUGCAAUUUUGAUCGACUAUGUGAAGAAACAUGGGGAAGGCAACUGGAAUGCUGUUCAGAAGCAGUCUGGACUACUUCGUUGUGGAAAAAGUUGUCGGUUACGUUGGGCAAAUCACUUGAGGCCGAACUUGAAGAAAGGGGCAUUUACUCAAGAAGAGGAACAACUGAUUAUUGAACUUCAUGCAAAGAUGGGAAAUAAAUGGGCUCGGAUGGCUGCUCACUUGCCUGGUCGUACAGAUAAUGAAAUAAAAAACUAUUGGAAUACACGGAUUAAGAGACGUCAACGUGCUGGGUUACCUCUGUAUCCUCCUGAAGUGUGCGUGCAAGCAUUGCAGGAGAGCCACCAUACCAGUGCAGUUAAUGAUGGGGCUAAAGGACCUCAUGGUAUCUUGCAGAACGACAGCUAUGAGAUUCCUGAUGUUGUAUUUGACAACUUAAAGGCAAAUCAAAAUGUCUUGCCUUACUUCCCUAAACUUCCUGGUAUAUCAACCAGCGGCAUGCUAAUAAAAGAUCUAGGUUCCUCUCAAUAUUAUAGUUUCAUGUCACCAACUAUCUAUUGCCAGAAGCGUCUUCGUGGACCAACAGCAUUUUUCCCUGGUUAUACUGGUGCUGUUAAAAGUGAAUGCCCCUUGUUUGAGCAUUUUGAAGAUGGUAUGCUAAACAAGGCUGCUCAGUCCUUUGGGGCGUCCUUUCCCAUUGGAACAGAUCCUGCAGCUAAGAACUCCCAGUCAUUUGGUGUAUUCCAAGGAAGCCAUUCCCUUCCAAAUGGCAAUCUCUCUGCUUCAGAGCCCACUUUGGAGGCUGUGAAGUUAGAGCUCCCUUCAUUCCAAGAUCCAGAAACUGAUUUCGGUAGCUGGGGCACUUUGUCUUGCUCACCACCUUUACUCGAGUCUGUCGAUGCUUUUAUCCAGUCACCACCACCAAGCGGUGGACUGGAGUCGGAUAGUCUUUCACCCCAUAAUAGUGGUCUGCUGGAUGCUAUUUUUCACGAGUCAAAAACUCUAAGUAGUGCAAAGAAUCAUGCAUCUGACCAGAGUUCAAAUUCAACAACUCCUGGUGAUAUAACCGAAGGUUCUGAUUUCAACAUUUGCAAGACAGCUUGGGAAAACUGUGGUGAGCCUCGUUCUCCAUUGGUUCAUUCAGCAUCUUCUCUUUUCAGUGAGUCUAUUAGCGCAAGCGGCAGUUCGCCAGAUGAACCAUCAUCUGGUGAAACCUUUACUGAGUCUCAAAAAAAAUACGAACCAGCUGACAAUGUCUUGACCCCAGGGAUACAGAAAGAGGCUCAUAUUCAGUUGGACAAUGGUUGCUCUGAUACAUUACUAGCUUCUGAUUGGUUCGAACAAGGUCCUCUUUACGAUCCGGACCAAACAGUCAUGGCUGAUACCAUAGCAACCUUUCUUAGUGAUGAUUUGAGUAGCGAGUACAAGAAUAUGGCAGCUGGAACAUCUUUUUCAAGUCCAGAAUGGGACCUUGGUUCAUGUGCGUGGAAUGAUAUGCCUUUUGUCUGUCCAAUGCCCAAACUCCCUUGAGAUCUGCUGUUGUUUCCUUCAUUCAGUAAUUGUUUUCGAUUCAAGUAGUCGAGCGAACCUGAUUUACCAAAGUUCAUUUGGGAUGAGACUAAUAUGACGUGAGUCAUGGAUGUUUGAUGUAUUGUUUUUGAUGAGUUUUUUCUUGAACUAUUGGAUACUUGUAUGCCAUUCAGGAACUUUCGGGUAUACAAAUGUAUUCAAGCUGUUGUUAUAAUUUUGGAAUAACUAUGCACUUUUAGCAUGGAGUCCCGAACAAUCAUGUUGCUCGAAUUCUUCAUUUUUC